UUCGGUUUUAAAGGAUAAACAAUUUGAAUUGUGUGCAUACUUUGUUCACAGUUUGCUGUACUGAUAAAACAAAGACAGUAAAAUAGUGGGUAAUAAGAUAAUAAUUUAAUUAACGACAUGUGUCAUUACUAAAUCAUGGAACGUUGCUCUUUAGUAUUCUUUAUGUACACGCUGUGUACAGUUUUUGCAUCAGAACCAUCUUGCCAAGUGUGUUCGCGAUACGAUUAUGAAGAGAAAAUACUUGAGAGAGUUAUCAGAAAUGAACUGGUCCUGCAGAAUACCCUACAGAGUAUCCGUGAAACCAACGAAAAUGUCAUAGCUGGGCUACAGGCUUUGCAAGAAGAAAAAGUUAAAAUAAAUGCGGUCUUAAAAAUUAUAGAAAGAAAACAGACGUAUAUCGAGACUUAUAGUGCCAGUACACUUACCAACGUAUCUAAAGCUUUUCUGGAAAUUCAAGAAAGAUCAAAUCGUAUCGACAACGACACAAUAGAUGAACUCAAGACACCUUUAGUACACUUUCAUGCUAGGACAGCCGCGUUGAUAACCGUAAACAAAGACCUGACGGUACCGUUCCCAGUCGUAGAUGUCAACCAAGGCGUGGGAUACGACUCUUCAACGGCAAUUUUCACUGCUUCUGUGGCCGGAUUGUACAUUUUCGUUGUGCAAUAUUGUACGCAUGGGUCCAAAUGGGCAACGCUGGUUAUCGUUCAUAACGGGAAACCUCUCCAGAGUGCCGGUCACUAUGCCGCAGACGGCUUGGGUCAUUGUUCAACAAUGCAGGCCUUUGCCAGUGUCACAAUCGGUGAUAAAGUCUGGGUUCGAGCUAGCGCAGCUAGUGACCUGUUCAGUGAACCAGAAAGAUCGACUUCCUUUUCCGGAAUACUUGUCCAUAAUUGAUGGUGAUAGCUUUACCAACUAAUGUACCAGACUCACUAAACACCAAGCGACGCAUAUUGCAGAACAAUUGUCACACGUAGUAUUUCUGUUUAUCGCACAAUUGAUCGUUUAGUUUUUGUGUGUGUGUGCAAUCUGGAUGUAUCAUCACAUGUAUUCUCCAAACUGACCGUGUAUUUGACACAUAUUUUGGAUUAUUAACUGAUUUUAUUUCAUUCCAAACAUGUUCAUGUAGUAUACGGUUAUGUUGAAAUAUCAAAUGUAGCCAGAAAUUAUUGUACACAUAUAUGUAGAAUUACAGUAUUGCAACUUUGCAACUGUUUGAAGUUCAAGAGACUUGUAAACAGAUUUUCGUAUUUUCGAAAAUUCUAAUUAAAUAUGUUUACUCACAAAUCUUUAAUGUUUCAAAUAGUUUUAACGAAUAAAACUGUUGCCUUCCUCGGGAUUCAAACGCGGGACGCCUGGGAGCAAAAGCUGGUUAUCUACCACUGCGCCACGCAUGUUGUAUAAUGUUUCAGCAAAUUAUUUUAUAAACGAUAUGUUAGCAAACCAAGUAUUUUCAAAGUAUCAAUAAAAAGUGUUU